AUGAAAAUUACACUGGUUUUGGUAGUUUUAUAUCAUAUAUCGUUGAUAGUUCAUGCAGCUGUACAUCGCGCUACGAUAAAGAAAACUCUCUCCAUGCGUCAACAACUUUUACGAGCUGGGAAACUGAAGGAAUACAAUCAGCUAGUUAAAUCAUUGCUUCGAGAAUCUGGAAUGGCUAGACUUCUUGACUAUAUGGACGAUGUCUAUGUAAUGAACAUCACUCUCGGAUCGCCGCCACAACAAUUCGAAGUUGUUCCCGAUACAGGAAGUUCAGAUUUAUGGGUCCUUUCGAUGGAAUGUAAAAGUGAUUCAUGCACAGGAGGAGACAGUACACAAACACGAAAAAAACGUGCAAGAAACCGAUUUGAUUCAAGGUCUUCAUUAUUAUUUCCAUUAGAAGCAGCUCCUAUAAAUGAUAGGAAAUCUUCAACAUAUAAAGCUUAUGGCCGAAACUUUUCAAUAAAUUAUGCGUCAGGCCGCUGCGCAGGUAUACUUGGGAUUGAUCAGCUUUCAUUUGCUGACUUCACAAUUACAAAUCAAAUAUUCGGCCUAGUGCAUGAUAUUGAUCGCAUGUUCGGUAAUCUCCCGAUAGAUGGUGUAAUGGGUCUUGCUUGGCCAGCUCUUUCAUCCUUCAAGGUUACUCAACCGAUGCAAAGUAUACUUGAUGACCUCGAUUUCCCAAUAAUGUCAAUUUACAUGUAUACAUAUGUGGGACCACCGAUGGAAGAAGUUUUAGGAGGCGCAAUCACGUUCGGUUAUGCUGACGAUGAUUAUUGCUAUGAAGUGAUCGGAUGGGUAGAGUUGACUUCCCAGACGUUCUGGCAAUUUACUGUACAAGGUGUGAGAGUUAAUUCGUAUGAGAGCACCAGUUGGCAACAAGCUAUCUCCGAUACCGGGUCAUCUUACCUGCAAAUACCGUCAUUCCUCAUGAAGUCAAUUGUUGAAAGCAUCAACGCUACAUAUUCAUUCGAAUAUGAAGUUUACGUGAUUGAUUGUGCCAUGAAAGAAAAUGGUCCUGCUAUUGAAAUUAUCAUGGACGACAAAUCCUAUCCAAUACUACCCAACCAAUACAUUAAAAGGUAUUACAACGAGAAUCAUAAGCCGAUAUGCAUGUUUGCGGCACUCGAGAAUUUUGGUGUCGGAUUUAGUCCAUCUUGGAUUCUUGGUGAUGUCUUCAUAAGUUCUUAUUGUCACAUCUACGAUUUCGCAAACAAUCGCAUUGGUUUCUCCGCAGUUUGGUAG